GUUUCGGCUCAACUGCAAAGAUGGCAACGUGGAUUGGUACUUCGACUGCGUCUGCCAAGUGCUGGCCAUGAUCGAUCGACUCUUCGAGGUCAUGGUGCUCUUCAAGUCCGGGAAGUCCCAUCAGAGCGACGGGACGGCUUACAUCAUUUGCCGUGGAUUCUGCAGAUGUGAAUUUGAAGCCAUGCAGGGCGCAGAAAUCCUACGGAAGUCCAUCAUGGUAUCAAGAUAUGAGCUAGAGGUCGCUGCACUGGGCAUGUCCCCCAUGUUUCGCAAGAUCACUGCCACACGGGAUCUUCGGGCCCGAACUCGGGAGGUGUUUUCCCUGGUGGAUGAUGCAAUUGCCAGAUACAAGGACCCUGGCAGCUUCAACUACGCGUCCACCGUCAAAGAGUGGCGUUGCGCACGCUCGGUGCCUGCCCUGCGACGAGAAGUUCGAAGUAAUAUGGGCACCUUGAUGCCCUUGGUAGCAAGCAGAGUUGCUGCGAAGCAGCUGGAGAUGACGAUCCAAGAGAUGGAUGUCCUAAGUGAAAGCUUCAGUGAAGCCCAGAGCGUGGAAGCUCUGCGGAAAUUGCUGCAGGCGAAGUGUCAAGAGACCAAGGAGAAACUGCAAGAACGAGCUGCAGAGUUGCAACACAUUGUCACAGCAGCGCAAGAGGCAUCCACAGCAGCUACGGAGAUUGAGGGAGAAGAGUUUAAUCCAGGUGUGUUUGAGGAAGGAUGGGCCCGGACAGCCGAGCCCGAACCAGACUCCAGCCAAUACCUGCAUGUCACGGGUCUCUUGCAAGGGAUCGAGGAAUCAACGCUUCAGAGGUGUUUCGGUCGCGCUGGCAAGGUGGAAGAGAUCCGUUUCCUUCCCCAGGAUCAGGCUAUGGCCUCCAGAUGUGCCGCCCUGGUGAAGAUGUCGAGUGUCGAGGAGGCCAAAGUGGCUCGAGAAAAGCUGGAUGGAGUGAUUCCAGAGGGAACUGGUUUCGAGAUGGAGCGCACUUUGAUGAUUACCUUCCAGGUGAAGAAUGGAAUCCAAGUCUGUGAUCAUCUCUUUGUUCGAGGAAUCCCUUCCGCGGUUCAGAAGCAUCAAAUCGCCUCACUCUUCAACUGCUACGGCCAAGUGCUUUGGAGCAGCAUUUUGCCACAACGACUGGGCGAGGAGGACCGAUGCGCGUUGGUGCAAAUGGCGAGUAGCGAUGAAGCCCAGAACGCUAUCCAAGCCUUGAAUUGGUCGAGCUCUUCUGCCUUGAUGCCCUCCAUGAUGGUGCGCUACGCCGGCUCCAAGGUCUUCGUGGCCCUGCAGGCGACGGAGUUCGGCCAGGAGGGCAUCGACGAAGGCGAGGGGAGCGAAGAGGACGAGGAUUUCGCUCACUUCGGCGUCAUCGAUGAAGCGCCAAAGCCUGCCUUCCAGCCGUUGAAGGAGCGACCGCAAGAAAUGGGAUCAAGAUGGAAGAAAGCCGAGGAAGAGGACUGGGAUGGCCCCGAAGGCACUCGCCUUUGGGGAUGGGCCAUGCAACCGGUGAAGGUGGAGGAGGUUCACCCCGAACCCGAGAACUGGGAAGAACUGGGUGAUGACGAGCCUUCUGAGUUAUUGUGCAUGAAGGAUCCUCCCAAAGGUUUGCCAGAUUCGGUAAUGCAGAUGUGGUUCAAACCCUACGGUCAUGUGGUCGAGAUGUGGCCUUUGGAGCAGAGCCUUCACCAGGAGGAGAAUGACUCCGUGGCCUUUCUGGUUCACAUGUCGUGCAAGGAAGAGGCCAUCAAUGCUUUCAGCGCCCUGAACGGCAAGUCCAUCAUGCGAGGCUGCCCUUUGAACCUCAGCUACUGGCAUGGCCCUGUGGAACGCGCCAGUCUGCCAUCGGCGGCGGUGGAUAGUAACCGACUGCUGGCAGCAGCGCGGCUGCUGGCCUCGAAGAAGAAGGAGGCAUUUGAAGCUGAGACAGCAACUCCGCCUGUGGAGCAUCCCAGGGUAUCCAGAUAUCUUUGCUUGGAAGACCCACCGAAUCUUCCGGAAUCAGUGAUCGAAGUGUGGUUCAAACCCUAUGGCUCUUUGCUAGAGAUGAGACGCGUGGAGACGGAGAAAUCCAUGGCAUACGUGGUGCAGUUGUCCAGUGAAGACGAAGCGAUGAGAGCCCACGAGGCGUUGAAUGGCAAAGCCAUCAUGGGCAAGUCCCUGAGCGUCCGCUAUUGGCACGAGAGCGGUGCCACGGCCGAGGCUGAAAUCGAUCGCUGUCCUGGCCCCGGCAUGGGGAUCGAUGAUCAGCAGCUGGUGGAUGCCUGCAAGGUGGCCUUAGCUCAAAGAAAGCAAAACCUCGAGGCUAAAACCGCGGCUCCAGCGCCCAAAGGUGGUGAUGUGGAGUCCUGGGAAGAUCUGGAGGAGGACACCCAAGACAUGUCUUUCUCGGACGUGCCGAGCGACGCGCUGUGCAUCAGUGGAGUUCCACCGGGAAUUCAGGAGAUGGUGAUGCAGUGCCUGGGACCUGGAUUUUUCCGGGGAUUUUUCAAGGGAUUGAUACAGUGA